AUGUCUGAUCCCUCAGCCUCUUACCAAAGUCCCUCCAUCUCAAGGCAAUUCCACACUGCAAAAGACCAUCCAACACAAUUCCAACACUCCACAAACGGACUCACUACAGGACCUAGUCAGUUCGUGUUAGAAGCUGGUGCCAUCGACAGAGACAUGCCUAGUCCAGGUUCAAAUAGCCCAAUGGGGACACUCAGAGCCAAAGUCACAACGCUACAAGAUGAUAUCAAUGAUUUCCUCACUGAAAGAAUGGGAGUAGAAACGGUAGAGAAACGAGGAAAAGAGGAAGAGUAUGAGAAAAAGUUACUCGAUGGUGCUGAUGAUGAUUCUGAAGAGGAAUGA